AUGGCCCUAGGCAUUGAAAAUGGCGGUAUCCAUCAAACGCUACCGGGCUUCCACACCUCGGAGUUGUCAUCAAAGUCAAAGACUAUGACCUUCUCCGAAAAUCCUCAAUACAAGAACUUGAGCCGGGAAUUUGACCAUCUCUGGGAUGAGCUACUGACCCCCAAUGGCGGCUUUAUCAUGAAGAAGGACGAGGAAGAUGCCGUCCAUCAAUAUGGCUUAUCCAUGUUCCACCAACUUCACUGCUUAGCCAUGAUCAGGACGGCUUUACAGGAAGCUUUGAGCCUCAAGGAUAGCUUGUCCAAGAUGCCUGCACAUAGCCGUCACGAACACUCGGCCCAACAGCUUACUGAUGACUUUGGGGAUGAUGAUCUAACUGAACCAGACUAUACUCUGUGA